AUGAUGGAUUUUGAUGAGCGUGUUCCUUGUUCCUCUAACAUGUAUUUGCCAAGUUGUACUUACUACGUCUCGGGUCCUGAUUUUUCCAGCCUCCCUUCUUUUUUGCCCCAGACCCCGUCUUCUCGCCCUAUGACAUACUCCUACUCCUCCAACCUACCCCAGGUCCAACCUGUGAGAGAAGUUACCUUCAGGGAAUAUGCCAUUGAUCCCUCCAGUAAAUGGCACCCCAGGAACAAUCUGCCCCACUGCUACUCCGCAGAGGAGAUCAUGCACAGAGACUGCUUGCCUGCCACCAACACUGCUAGCAUGGGCGAGAUGUUCGGCAAAAACACAGCUAACGUCUACCACCCCAGCACCAACGUCUCCUCCAAUUUCUAUAGCACGGUGGGCAGGAACGGGGUCCUACCCCAGGCUUUCGACCAGUUUUUCGAGACGGCUUAUGGCACGGCGGAAAACCUGGCCUCGGCGGACUACCCGGUAGACAAGAGUGGCGAGAAGGCGCCCGCGGCCGCCGGGGCGGCGGCGGCGGCGGCGGCGGCAACUUCAAGUUCGGAGGGCGGCUGCGGCAGGGCGGCGGCGGCGGCGGCGGAGAAGGAGAGGAGGAGGCGGCCGGAGAGCAGCAGCAGCCCCGAGUCAUCUUCCGGCAACAAUGAGGAGAAAUCCGGCAGCUCCAGUGGACAACGUACCCGUAAAAAGAGAUGCCCAUACACCAAAUAUCAGAUUAGAGAGUUAGAAAGGGAAUUCUUCUUCAGUGUCUACAUAAACAAAGAGAAACGCCUCCAGCUCUCCCGAAUGCUCAAUCUGACCGACCGCCAAGUGAAAAUAUGGUUUCAGAACAGAAGAAUGAAAGAAAAAAAAAUUAACAGAGACCGAUUACAAUAUUACUCAGCUAAUCCACUACUUUAAAACUCAUAGCGUUUUUCAAGACGAGAUUAAAUUCAGAUUUCGCCCUUGACAAGGUCAAGCCACGGGGUUACGUGGAGGAAGGAGGUGUGUAUCU